AUGUUCAACCUCUCCGGUCGGAGCGACGGGUCCUCGGAUGGUCAGUCCGAGCGAGGACCGAUCUGCGGGGGGUGGCUGAAUGACAGGGGGCUGGAGGCGGCGGCACUGACUGGGAACGGGCUGCGGUGGCAAGGUAUCAGGCAGAGCGGCAGGAGGGCCGGAGCUGACGGCAACCAGACGGAUCCAGGGAGAGCGAGAGCCGGACCCGAGCAGGGCUGGAUCCGGAGCUGGUUGCGGAGCACCGAGUCCGAGAGGCACGAGUCCAGGGAACGAAAACUGCGGGGCACAGAGAAAAGGGUCAACGUGAGGGACGAGGCGAAUAACACUCACGAGCUUGCGAUCCUCAAAGAGCUUGCAAAACAGAGCACGGCAACACGAACCCUGACAGAAAGAGCCGAGGUUAAAAAACUAACGGAGCUCACAUUCGCUGUACAACGUCGCCAUAUAAAUACACUUCCACCAACUGACACUGAAGAUCUGAAAACCAAAUGGCCUUUUCUUUUCAUGCCAAGAUGUAUAUAUGCACAUUUUGAGUUGCUUACAGACAUCAACGUGCUUCGUAGCUUGGAACUUGAUAUUGAAGAAUGUGGAAGGGCUAUCACUCAAUACUUCCUGGAAAAACCUACUAACAAAGCUGUCAAGGAUGUCAUCUCUAAGGGUGAAGAUAAUGAACUGUCACUUCGUGUCGUUCAGCUGCUUAUGUCACACUUUGGAGAGCACCUAACUGGGCUGAUCCUUCUUGCAGAUAGUCUAACCAAAGAUUCAACCGUCUCUGGUCUAAUGGUGACUGACCAGAACGGUUCCAGGUCAAAGCAUGUGGUUGAGGUUCCGAAAUGUCGUAAGCCAAUCAUGGAGAAGCAGCUGUUGUCCUUCUUUUCAAGUCCAAGUUACAACAUAUUGCCAAGCAGCAGUAGGCUACUGUAUGCAGUGGGAGAUGUCCUGAAGCUUCAGGACAAGCGGCAGGCUGCAUCAGAAGAGGCCAAAAGAAAUAACACUACAUACAGACUGGACCGCAGUCAGGCCCUGCUCACUUUGAGGGGGAAAUUACGCCAUGGGAAAGUGUGGCAUGUGACGCUUCUUCCUGAAGUUGCAGUCGAACUGAAGAGGCAGUACGUGGGAUGGUCCGAACAAUGUCGCCUGAAGGACUUGCAAAGAUAUGCGUGCCAUGCAGUGCAGCUGGUGGAGAGCCAAAUCACAAGUAAAAAGAACAAGACUGAAAAACAGCUCCACCUUGCCAUGUACCAGGCAUUGGCAGGCCAGAACCUGAAAGGACGUAGACCUCCCCGAUUCCGAGGACAAGGCAGAGGCCACAAGGGCAUACAAAGGACGAGGGGAUAG